ACACGUAGAGGGAGUAGCAGAAAACACAAACAUGUCAAGGUCUGGAUUAAGGGUUUUCAGCACGUAUUUGUCAACCAGAGAAAAUGGCCUCCUCGUAAGGGUAAUUGGAGCAGACUGCAGUAUACUGGCAUCUGCAGUAGUCCAACUUGUCUUGGUCAGCCCUGCUCAGAAAGGUCAAAGGUUAGCAUGGGAGGUCCAUAGCUGUGGGGUUGCAUGUUUAGUGCAGGAUCGAAAUGUGCACUCUGCAUUCAUACGCAUUUACUGUGUCAAGAAAGCGAAGUUGCUAUGGGAACAGGAGGUCUACACCCCUUUCAAGUACUCAGCACCACAUCCAUAUUUCCACAGUUUCCCGGGAGAUGACUGCUAUGCUGGACUGAACUUUGCGGAUGAGGAGGAGGCUGCAAAGUUCCUUUCUGCUGUACAAACAUAUGUCAACAGCUGCAUAACUCGGCCUCACCUGCUGAGGCAGGACUCAUCACCAGGGCGACUUCUGUGGGAGAACAGGAGCAAAAGUCAGCUCAGUUCACCAACAGACAACGUGCCAUCACCUGCUUCACCACAGAGGAGACUAGCGUUCACUUUCCCUCCAGAUGUCACAACCAGAAAACAAGUGGAACAAGUUCUGUCUAAACCCUCCCCACACCCUCCACAUACCCUUCCCAAACCCAAGAGAGAGUCUUUACCCUUGGCAAUAAGGAAAGGUCCGCUACCCUCAGUGCCAGUCCACGCCAACAAAGUCUAUGUGGGCAUUAGGAACAGAGGAAGUGAAAAUGCCCAAAGCUCAGCCCCGGGGAGCCCUCUGUCCUUGCCACACUGGGUGCCACCGCCACCCUCUCACCAGGCACCGAAGCCCCCAGGUUAUGGCCUGCUGCUCAGCAAGGACACCGGGCCCAGGGCCCUCACUGGCCGCGAUGCUUUCUCCAUGAAAAUGACUUUACAUUACAGAAGUCAAGACCUAUGGUAGAACAUCAGCUUCAUACACAAGUCUCAGAAGACCUCAAUAGUUGUGCUUGCUUGUGGUUCUGGUGAAUGAAAAUAGUGCUCUGUGUAAGUAAGAAGUUUUCUGUGGAACAGGAAUGAAUCUAUG